AUGGGUAUUUACCAUUGCUUCUUUGGUGACAGCCCAGGCCAACUCGAGCUACUCCGAGAUCGACAUGUUGAGAGCGCAGUUGGCGCUCAUAGACAAUCGUCCAUCCGACUGCCCCCCUUGCCCCUUCUUUUUCCCAGCUUCAACUGCCUCCUGCCGGCCCACACCUGCGCUCAAUAUGCUGGCUGCAACGAGUUCAAUGGCAAAUGCGACUGUCCUGAGGGCUUUGGGGGUGACGACUGUCUCCAACCGCUUUGCGGGUCGCUCGCUCGAGGAAAAGAUCGAUCGAUGCGCUCCGGCCCAAACUGCCAUUGUGAUGACGGGUGGACAGGCAUCAACUGCAACGUUUGCACCGAAAACAAGGCUUGUAAUGCAUUAAUGGAAACUGGGGAAGGAGGUGUCUGCUACCAAAACGGCGAAGUCAUCAACCACAACUACCAGAUCUGUGAUGUCACGAACAAGAAGAUCACCGGCCUGCUUGGCAAACAGCGCCCCGAGGUCACCUUCACCUGCGAAGCGGAUGACGCUACCUGCGACUUCCAAUUUUGGGUUGACGCUGUCGAGUCCUUUUACUGCCACCUAUCGGAUUGCACAUCGGACGCAGAGUUUAGCGAAAAGAGCAACAAGACAUCGUAUCAGUGCGACCAUAUCAGUUGCAGCUGUAUUCCAGAUCACCAGUCUAUCAAAGGUCCAGGAAGCUUUGAGUGUGCACAGAAGGGCCAGGGAAGCCAUGAAUGCGCUUUCAAGGAACCAGAGAUGGACAGUCUCAUCCUUGCCCUGAUUGGCGAUUCGAGUAUUUUCCUGGGCUGCCACGCUGGUGAAUGCAUUUACGAGACCGAGGUCCCAGGGUACAAACGCCCCGUAAAGAAAAUCAACACUCCCCUCAUCGCUGGAGUUAUCGCAGGAUGCGCAUUGUUCGUCGGCGCAGUUAUUAUUUUGAUCUGGUUCCUUUCUCGCCGCAAGCUCAAGUACGGCGCCAUUCGGCUUGACGACUCUGACGACGAAAGCACAAAGCUCAUGGUCGACCAUAAACCCGUGUCACUGCAAUUCAAAAACGUCUCUUAUUCUCUCAACGGGAAGAGCAUCCUCCAGGAUAUACAGGGGAUCUGUAAACCAGGUGAGGUAACGGCUAUCAUGGGUGCCUCAGGUGCAGGGAAAACGACUUUCCUUGACAUCUUGGCUCGCAAGAACAAAAGAGGCCAGAUCGGUGGAGAGUUCUAUGUCAACGGCGAAAAAGUCAGCGAUCCCAUUUAUAGAAACGUUGUUGGGUUUGUGGACCAGGAGGAUACCAUGCUUCCUACGCUCACGGUCCACGAAACGAUCUUGAACAGCGCUUUACUCCGACUGCCUAAAAAUAUGGGGCAUACUGCCAAGGAGAUGAGGGUCUCUGAAGUCGAAAAAGAGCUUGGAAUUCACCAUAUACGCGACUCCCUCAUUGGUUCCGAGGAAGGAAAGGGAAGGGGUAUCUCUGGUGGUGAGAAGAGACGCGUUGGUAUUGCCUGCGAGUUGGUCACGAGCCCUGCGAUACUAUUCCUCGAUGAGCCGACAAGUGGCUUGGAUGCGUUCAACGCCUUCAAUGUCGUCGAAUGUUUGGUCACAUUAGCCAAGACGUACAAGCGAACAGUGAUUUUCACCAUCCACCAGCCUCGGUCAAAUAUCGUUGCCCUUUUCGAUCGACUCAUUCUCCUUGCUCGCGGCAAAACUGUCUUCUCUGGACCUUUCGCCCAUUGUCAAGAGUAUUUUGAUGGACUUGGCUAUGAGUGUCCUCCUGGCUUCAACAUUGCAGACUAUCUUGUCGACCUUACAAUGCAUGCCGGCAACACUUUUUCAGUCGACGACGGAACCAUCCCUGCCGAUUCUGUCAGCGUUGGGCCUAGUAGCACCACUGCGGUGAAGUCUAUCGCGAGUGUGUCGGGCCUUAGUACCGGCGACGACAGUGUUGCUGAAACGGCGUCGACGCUACGCCCAAAGGCCUCUAAGAACGACUCGAUCAAACAGCGUCAAGACCGUGAACUAUUCACCCGCCGCAGGUCAGCAGACACUGCGGCGACCUCAGAGGUGGGUGCAGAAGAUGUAGGCUCUUAUCGGCUUCAACACAAUCCCUCGAGCUCAUUAUCUUCGCAGUUGCUCGAGGAUGUCCAUGGCCUGCCUCCUUCAGCCACAAUAGAGACAGACCUGGACAUUGUGACACGGGCUUUUAGCCAGUCCGACAUUGCUGCAUCAACGAGCCAAGAGAUUCAGCAGGCGAUUUUGGCUGCAGAAAAUGCCAACGGAGCCAACGCCAACGGGGGAGAUGGAUCUGAACAGAGCUUCAGCGCCAACGCUAUCGGCAAGGGAUAUGCCCGUGUGGGAUACCUCCGGCAGUUCGUUAUUCUUUCCGGGAGAACCUGGAAGAAUCUGUACCGAAACCCAGUCCUGAUGCUCACACAUUACGCCACUGCCAUCAUCCUUGCCGUCUUCUCUGGGUACCUAUUCUAUGGACUGACGGACGAUAUCCCCGGGUUCCAGAAUCGCCUGGGUCUCUUCAUUUUCUUGCUCACACUCUUCGGCUUCAGUACCCUUACUAGCCUGAAUGUCUUCGCCACCGAACGCCUCUUGUUUGUUCGCGAAAGGGCAAAUGGCUAUUAUGUACCCGCCACCUACUUUGCUGCCAAGAUGCUUUUCGAUAUCAUCCCGCUUCGCAUAAUCCCGCCAAUACUGAUGGGGUCCAUCGUUUAUCCCAUGACCGGCCUAGUACCCGACGCGGAGCACUUCUUCAAGUUUAUGCUGGUCCUUGUCCUGUUUAAUAUGGCGGCAGCAACGAUCUGCCUUUUUAUUGGCAUAGUUUGCAAGGAUGGGGGCGUUGCCAACCUGAUUGGUAGUCUCGUCAUGCUUUUCAGUCUCCUUUUCGCUGGCUUCCUCCUCAAUCACGAUGCCAUACCACAAGGUGCUCUAUGGCUUCAGACGCUUUCUAUUUUCCACUACGGCUUCGAGUCCUUGAUUGUCAAUGAAGUUCUCCAACUGACUCUUGUGGACAAGAAAUACGGGUUGGAUAUCACAGUUCCCGGAGCCGCCAUUCUGAGUUCUUUUGGAUUUGACAAUAAUGCGCUCUGGGACGACAUUAGAAACCUGGGCAUCGUGGCCAUCGUUUUUGUUGUCCUAGCAUAUGGCGCGAUGCACAUUCUGUUGGUCGAAAGGCGCUAG